UCGCCGCAGGAUGUCACGGCGUAUUUCAAUUCGCCGCCUUCGCGUUCACGAUGUCAUUAAGGUCGAGUCGCAUUCGCUCGCCGCGGGUUCGCCGCGUUAAAGCGGGAUUCGUCGCGCUACGACUUCGUUACCAUGACAAACGCAGCGCAAUAACAAUAACCGCUAUCGCGGUACUUUCCGCGGCUGAAACGGCUGAUUUUACUAUCGCUCGUCGUCGUUGCGGCGAGCAUUUUUACCGGGCGCAAAACCCGCUCAGACAUCGAUACAGCGGUCAUAAUUUAUCGCCGGCCAGCGUUGGUAGCCCGUGGACCAUCGCUCGCGAAGAAUGGCCAGCCGAUCGCAUAAACAUCGAGGAAGAAAGAGCGGGUCGUGUGGACGAACACGAGGUUAUGAAAAGCAUGGAGGAAGAGGAAAACACUGGAGCACAAGAAGAGAACGAGACCCAGGACGAGCGAAGCGCCGGAGCGUAUACGCCAGCCGGGCGGAAGUACGGAAAACGACGACCGGCCUCUUUUUCCUCUAUCCGGUUUGAAUUACUAUCAUCCCGCCGAGCAUUGUCUAUUGUGGCGGAGAAUUAUUUUAUUAUCGCUCGGUCGGCCGGGCUCAAAUGCUCUCGGAGGGGGCCUGUGAGAAGGAGACGAGGACUGGAGAGAGGUGCGGACGGGAAACCGAGUACGCGAAGAAUGACUGUGCAGCGCCCGCGAUUCCACGAUUUAUUGAUUUUACGAAGGAAAACCACAGGUCCACUUCGAAAAACCAGCGAUAAUUUAUCGAAAAGAGUCGAUAUCGUUAAUUAAUUCUUUAAUGAUAUAUUUAGGAUAAUGUUCGGUAAAUUUCGACGUCGAAAUGAUAGCAGAUGAAUGUGUACAAAUGCGCGCGGUGUUCAUUUUAUUAACGAAUUUAUCAUUCUUGUAUUUCACUCGUGUCACAUAAAAUACAAAAAAGAAUAUUUCCAUUGCCAUGAAGUACAAGAUAUAUUUUACUUGAGAAUGAAAUUCCAGAAAAUAAUUCUUUAUGUCUCGCUGAAAUCUU